AUGCCAAAUACCACGGGCAAGAUUUGCCAGUGGGGCUGCUAUGAUGAAGAGGACGAAGCAUGCCACCCAGGGCUUACCAACAUGGCUUGCGCGGAGAUCUACGGGCACGUGGAGUGGAUCCAGGUGUGCGACUGCGUAGACGAGGCGACGGGCCUGCGUGAUAACAUCACAGUCGCGGCGCCGAGGCUGGCACCCGCAAAUCUGUACUUUUCGGUGCCUGCCUUCGUCGUCCUCUUCCGUGAGAGCUUGGAGGUCGUGAUUGUCCUUGCCAUCAUCAUGCAGUUCCUGACCAAGAUGAAGAACGACGGCCUCCUUGAGGUGGGUCUCUUCUACAAGUUCCGCCGCGAGGUCUACCUCGGAGCCUCCUUAGGCUUUGCUCUUUGCCUGCUCUUCGGGGUGGGCUUCUUGGCCCUGGCAUCCUUGACCUACCAGCUUUUUGAUGGCGACAACGAGCGAAUCUUCCAGUUCUGCAUGAUGAGCCUCACUUGCAUUGUGCUGACCUUCCUCGCAGUGAAUUUCUACAAGAUGAUCUACUCCAAGGAGGCCCACGAGCGGAAGAUGAAGCGACAGAUGGAGGAGACACUCGAAGCGACGCAGGCGGGCACAGGUGGGGGAGAGGUGGCUUUUGGGAAGAAGCAUGCCUUCUUUGUCUUGGCCUUCACCACGGGUCUUCGCGAGGGCUUAGAGUCGAUCGUGUUCCUCGUGGGCGUCAUCUCAGAUGUUAAGGAUCUCAGUGCCCUGCCCCUGCCGAUCAUCAGCGCCCUCGUCUUGGCACGGCUUGUUGGGUGCUGUUUCUUCCAGGGAACGAAGGGUCUGAAAGUGGACUGGUUCAUGCGGGUUUCAGCUGUACUGCUCAUGUGCAUCGCGGCCGGCUUCUUCUCGGCAUCCAUGCACCAGCUCCAGGAGCUGGACGUCUUCGGCACAUGGAGUCCAAGAUCCGAGCGGCCCUGGCAGAAUGUGAAUGUUUGGGAUGCUACGGAGUGCUGCAAUGAUAAGACGAAUCGAUUCUUCGUCCUCAUGAGGGCUCUCUUCGGUUGGCAGGAUCAGGCAACACCCGUCGAGAUCAUCGCCUACAUCUUGUACUGGGUCGUGGCGGCCAUCAUCGUCAGCCUCAUGGUGUGGCAUGCUAAGAAAAAGAUGCAGAAGAUGGUGGAGAAAUGGCGCUUGGAAGAUGAGGAGGCCUUGAAGAAGUCCCGGGAAGAGCCUACGACCAUCGGCCAUCAAGCCGAGGAUGAGAAGGCUGAGCUUUGA